UGGUAUUUAUGGGCAGCAAGAAAUAUCCAAAAGAGAAUUUCUGGGAUGAAUUUCUGGCAAAUAAUGGUGGUGAAUCAAAUGCAUGGACUGACUGUGAAAGGACUUGCUUUUAUUUUGUCUGCCAUCAACAUUCCUUUAACAAAGCCCUGGACAUAUUUGCCCAGUUCUUCAUUAGCCCUCUUUUCCUCAAGCAGGCAGUGGACCGUGAAAUCAUGGCAGUUGAUAGUGAGUGGCAGAUGCUGGCCAUUAAUGAUAGAGAGAGAAUGAGAAACCUCAUCGCUUAUGAACUUGUUGAGGAAGGCCACCCCAUGGGCAAGUUCAUGGCUGGCAAUGUGAAGUCGCUGAAGGAAGAUCCAGAGAAAAAUGGCAUCAAUGUGUAUGAACAGCUGCACUCCUUUUACGUGAAGAUGUAUUCGGCACACUACAUGACUCUAGUUGUCCACUCUAUGG